UAGAAGAGGAAUUUUUAAAAAUUCAUAUGCAAAGAUAAUGGGCAAUAUCACUUAUUUGUCUUACUCAGGUAACCGUCCCUCUACUGUGACCCAGACAUUCUCCUGCACUAGUGUGAAGGCUUCAGGCAACCUAGCCUCCUGUCCUGCUGGGAUGAUUGCUACUGGAUGUUCUUGUGGCUUUGCUUGUGGAUCAUGGAACAUCCAGAAUGAAAAUGUUUGCCACUGCCUGUGUCCAAUUAUUGACUGGACUCUUGCCCGCUGCUGCCAACUGUCCUGAGAAUGAGGAGACUGAGAAUCUAGUUUUGAAAUGAUGAUUUUAAAGCAACUAUGAUCUCUCCCAGAAAGCCUGACUGAUUGUCCCUGUGCUGAAUUCCUAUUACACAGUAUUCCUGCUUCUUAAAUAAUAAAGACAGAUUUGCACUAAUCUA